ACAGUGCAGAACUCCCUCCUCUUUCCCUCUCACUGUCUCGGCCUCGCACUGUCUCAAGCAGUGCUAACUACCUUGCUAGGCUACAUUUGGCUAGUCUUCCGAUACCAUAGUUGAGACGCACCGGCUCCCAACAUUACGGUGCUACAUUGAGUGAAUUCGCUCCCUCUAUAUUUUAGUCGAAAGAAACAUCCAACCAUAAGGAUUGAAACGUUAACCUUAAGUUACCAAAUCACUGAAGAUGAUUAAGCUCUUUUCUUUAAAACAGCAGAAGAAAGACGAGGAAUCUGCUGGAGGAAAUAGAACAGGAGCCGGGGGUAAAAAAGCAAGCGCGGCCCAGCUUCGAAUACAGAAAGACAUCAAUGAGCUCAACCUCCCAAAGACAUGUGAGAUCGUCUUCCCUGACCAGGAUGAUCUGCUGACCUUCAAACUCAUCAUCUCACCAGAUGAGGGUUUUUACAAAGGGGGGAAGUUUGUUUUCAGCUUUAAGGUAGGGCAGGGCUACCCUCAUGAUCCCCCAAAGGUCAAAUGUGAGACGAUGGUGUAUCAUCCCAACAUUGACCUGGAAGGAAAUGUCUGUCUAAAUAUUUUGAGAGAGGACUGGAAGCCGGUGUUGACAAUAAACUCCAUUAUAUAUGGACUACAGUAUCUGUUUCUAGAGCCUAACCCGGAAGACCCCCUUAACAAAGAGGCUGCGGAGGUCCUGCAGACAAACCGACGGCUCUUCGAGCAGAACGUCCAGCGGUCGCUGAGGGGGGGCUACGUGGGCGCCACCUACUUCGAGCGGUGUCUGAAAUAGUCCCGCCCCCGCCCUGUUUUCCCCAACGCCGGCCGGCCGCUUUCAUCCCGAGAUGCAUUUACCGUUUACACGAGCUGAGACACUGACUGACACGCAGACUGGAGAGAUUUUGGGGGUGGGGUGGGGGGAGGGGGGUGUUGGGGGCGGGAGAAUGGUGAUUGUGGUGUGGUGGUUAUGGUAGAUGCUGUCAGUGGGUGAGGAGUGUGUGAGGUUUUUUGGAGGAUAAGGGUAUGAUGUUUGUUUUUUUGAGAAGCAAGUCUGAACAGUCAGUGAUUGUCGUCGCUUGGAGAAUCCAGAAUCGGUAUAUGCCACUACGAUGGUGCCCACAGUCUUUUUU